AGUCGCUAUAAAGGGAAGGCGGGCUGCGCGCUCCUCUCCAGCUCGGUCCGGUACCUUGGAUCCACUUCCAUUCCUUUUUACAGUCGUUCCAACUCAUCCGCAGCAGCCAAGAUGGUGAAGCAGAUCGACAGCAAGGAUGCCUUUCAAGAAGCCUUGGACGCUGCAGGAGAUAAACUUGUAGUAGUUGACUUUUCAGCCACAUGGUGUGGGCCUUGCAAAAUGAUCAAGCCUUUCUUUCAUGCCCUCUCUGAAAAGUAUCCCAAUGUGAUGUUCCUUGAAGUCGACGUGGAUGACUGUCAGGAUGUGGCUGCAGACUGUGAAGUCAAAUGCAUGCCAACCUUCCAGUUUUUUAAAAAGGGUGAGAAGGUGGGAGAAUUCUCUGGAGCUAAUAAGGAAAAGCUCGAAGCCACCAUUAAUGAAUUAGUGUAAUCACAUUUUCUGAAAAACAUAACCAGUCAGCUGUUUGAAAACUUGUAAUUUUUUUUAAUUUACAAAAGUAUGAAGUAUGGAAACUAUAUACCCAACUGCUAUCUGAUUAUAAAUGACAAUAAAAUAUUAAUUCUACCCUUUUUAAAA